AUGGAAAGUUUGGAAAAGCGCCUUUAUGAUGUCUUUAAGAAUUUUCAAGGCUAUGACCGCUCAAGCUCAGCAGAAUAUUGCCUGUCUGCUUAUGGAAUUGAAGAAGUGCUUAAAUCAAUUUACCACGACAGAAUCUAUAUUGCAUGAAUAGAUACUCCUUUAAAUCACUUUCCCGCCACUUCCGAUGAAAUAAAUGGGGUGCUAGCUUGUAUGGCGAAAAUCGAAGAAAUAGUCAGGAGGGAUAAUAAAGAACUAAAAAAGCCUAUUGUUUCGUUUUGGAAGAUCAAUAUAAGUGACAAAAAUGCAUCUCAGAGAGGUUAA